AACUCUCAUUUUUCUUUCUGUGUAUGGAUGUUGUUUCUGCUGCGGCGGCUACGAUCAUUGUGAGAAGUUAAAGGAAUUGUUCAAAAAUGCCGAGUCAAGAGGUUGUAACUACGAAAGUAGUGGUACAUCCUUUAGUUUUAUUAAGUGUGGUGGAUCAUUUUAAUCGUAUGGGAAAAAUUGGCAACCAGAAAAGAGUUGUUGGUGUUCUCUUGGGAUGUUGGAGAGCUAAGGGCGUCCUAGACGUAUCAAACAGUUUUGCAGUACCUUUUGAUGAAGAUGAUAAGGACAAAAGUGUAUGGUUUCUUGAUCAUGAUUAUCUUGAAAACAUGUAUGGAAUGUUUAAAAAAGUCAAUGCUCGUGAGAAGGUAGUAGGAUGGUAUCACACUGGACCUAAACUACAUCAAAACGAUGUUGCGAUCAAUGAACUGAUUAGGAGAUACUGUCCUAAUUCUGUUCUGGUCAUUAUUGAUGCUAAACCAAAAGAUCUUGGUCUUCCAACAGAAGCAUAUCAAGCUGUUGAAGAAGUGCAUGAUGAUGGCUCUCCAACAUCUAAGACCUUUGAGCAUAUUCCUAGUGAAAUCGGUGCAGAAGAAGCAGAAGAAGUAGGUGUAGAACAUUUACUGAGAGAUAUCAAAGAUACUACAGUCGGUACUCUUAGUCAAAGGAUCACUAAUCAACUAUUAGGUUUAAAAGGUCUUCAUGAACAACUUAGGGAAAUUAGAGAUUAUUUACUACAAGUUGGAAGUGGUAAAUUACCUAUUAAUCAUCAAAUUGUUUAUCAACUACAAGAUAUUUUCAAUUUACUACCUGAUAUGACACAAACUACCUUUGUCGAUUCUUUAUACGUGAAAACGAAUGAUCAAAUGUUAGUCGUAUAUCUCGCUGCUCUUGUUAGAUCUAUAGUGGCUUUGCACAAUUUGAUCAAUAAUAAAUUAACCAAUCGCGAUGCCGAGAAGAAGGAAACAGAUAAAAAAGAAUUAAAGAAAGAUGAGAAGAAGGAAGAGGAGAAAAAAGAUGAAAAAGAUAAAGCAAAAACUAAAAGCCAGUGAAUGAAAGUGAAAUUGACACUAAUUUGUGUGUUCGAGACUGUUUACAUUGCAAAGAUUCGCAAAAGAUGCAAAGUUUGUUUAUACAUGUACAAAUGUAUUUUGUGCUUACAAAUUGAUUGGUACUUUAAAUUAACACAAAAAUAAAUAUAAAUGGUCUUGUUCUUAAAUCCUCUUGUAUAAUGUAUAGUAUACGCAUUACAUAAAAGAUAUGAUAGUAAGAAUGCAGUUACACAUUUUUAUAAAUUAAACACGGACAAAGCAUGAGUAGUACGUAUAUUGCACAAUUGCGAAAUGUUAAAUAAUGUUUAUGUAUCAUAGCAGUAUGACGUUUCCCGAUGAUUUUCUUUAUUUUCAGUAAGUUGGAAAUCAACAACUGCUUCAAACUACCUAUAACUUUUACAUAAUGUAUUGAUACUAAUAAAAAUUUCAUAAUAUUUUUAUGUACCAAUAUCAUGCAAUUAUUGUUAACGAUAUGCUUGAGUGCAUAUUAGACUUUUCUACAUUGUUUGAACUCUAGUAUAUAAUACAUCAUCAAACAAAUAUGUUUUUUCAGCGAACUCGCAUAAAUAAUAUAACAUUGUAAUAAAAAAAUAAUCAUUUAAACUUAAAAUAUAUUAUUUACUUCUUAUUUAUUAAUAUACAAGAAUUUUAUAAAAAAGUUAAGCCAAGAUAAAAUGCAUGGUAGAUCAAUUGAGUAUGAUCUGAUUUCCUUUCGUACAAGAGGCGUUAAUUUAAUCCCAUAAUACUUUAUUCUAUUCCCGUUAUUCAACUUAAUCGCUAAAUUACACGCAUAAAGUGUACGUAUACUGUAAUGUAGCGAUCAAUUACCGUGUAUUUGAUUACUGAUAUUUAAUCUUUCAUAUUUUUAUAUAAGAAUAUACAAAAUAAGACACAUUUGGCUAAAUAAAGUCCACCGAGCCGCACUUAUCUUUUCACCUCCACUAUACGCUAUACCUACAAAAGGUUCUAAAUUGGUAUCGUUAUAAUGUUGAAAGUACCAAUUAAAAGGAUUGUCUUCAACAA